AUUGGACAAGGGAUGUAGAUCAGACCAGUCUGAUUUCAUACAACAUUUUUUAUUACGUCAUAGGCACGUAAUAAAAUGCAAUAACAGUCCGAAGAUGUCCCACGUGUGAUUGUUUAUAAUUUGAUCCAAAAAUCUUGAUACUAUGGGCUCUUAUUACCUGCGGAAGUCAUAAUUAUGAAGCUGGUCAGACGGGAUAUUGACCGAAAUGGCGAAGGAUCUGUGGUCCUUGUACCAGAAGAGCCAGAAGACAUGUGGCAUGCUUAUAAUAUGGUACAAGUAGGGGACUAUCUAGAAUCUACAACUAUCAGAAAAGUAACAUUAGAAUCAUCUACUGGUAGUGUUAGUGCCAACAAAGUCCGAACUACUUUGAAUAUAGAAGUUGAAACAGUAGACUUUGAUAGUCAAGCAUGUGUAUUACGUGUCAAGGGUAGGAAUGCAUCUGAAAACCAAUAUGUUAAGAUGGGUGCAUACCAUACAUUAGAUCUGGAAUUAAAUAGAAAAUUUACACUGGGUAAACAUCUGUGGGAUAGUGUUGUUUUAGAAAGAUUAGAUUAUGCCUGUGAUCCAACUCAGCAUGCUGAUUUAGCAGCUGUCAUCAUGCAAGAAGGUCUAGCACACAUAUGUCUUGUUACAUCAUGUAUGACCUUAGUUCGUGCCAAACUGGAAACACAUAUUCCAAGAAAACGAAGAGGUUCAUGUGAACAGCAUACAAAGGGUUUACAUAGAUUUUAUGAUCAGAUUCUCCAAGCUAUUUUAAGACAUGUUAAUUUUGAUGUUGUUAAAUGUGUACUUAUUGCCAGUCCCGGUUUUGUCAAGGAUCAGUUUGCAGAGUAUUUAUUUGCUCAAGCUAUUAAACAAGAUUAUAAAAUACUUACAGAAAACAAAUCAAAGUUUAUUUUAGUUCAUUCAUCCUCAGGCUUUAAACAUUCUUUAAAAGAAAUAUUAGCAGACCCAGUAGUUACAUCUAAACUAGCAGACACCAAAGCUGCAGGUGAAGUAAGAGCAUUAGAUGAUUUUUACCAAAUGUUACAAAAUGAUCCAGAUAGAGCGUUUUAUGGAUUUAAACAAAUAGAAAAGGCUGCCAAUUUAAAUGCUAUAGAAGUUUUAUUAGUAUCUGAUGAACUCUUCAGGUCAAAUGAUGUUCAGAAAAGACAACGUUAUGUGAGAUUAGUUGAUUCAGUUAAAGAAAAUGGUGGAGAAGUAAAAAUAUUUUCUAGUUUACAUGUUUCAGGAGAACAAUUAGGUCAACUAACUGGUGUAGCUGCAAUAUUACGCUUUCCUAUGUCGGAUGAUACCUCAGAUGAAGACUAAUUUUGUUAAUGCUUUGUUUUAUCCUAUUAAAUUAUUUUUACUUCUUA